ACACUAGAAUAUGUCACUUGUCAGACUUGUCACAUCAGGACCACUUAUCACAAUUAUUUUUGAUUUGGAUGUGUUUAAUUCCUUGCAAAAAGUAGUCGCAUGAAAAUGUACAUGAUUUAUGCCAUAUGUUAAAAAUCUUUCAAAAAUUCAUAUAAUUAAAAUGGUAUUUUACUUUACAAGUGAUGUUAUUUCCCCUUCUGUUACUCUUUUUAUGGGCGCCGAUAAACAUGAAAAAUAUUUUCAAUUCAGAUGAAGACCUAAUUAAAUGGGGAUGGCCCGAAGAUGUUUGGUUCCAUGUGGACAAAGUUUCAUCAGCUCAUGUUUAUCUUCGCUUGGCACCCGGUCAAACAAUUGAUGAUAUUCCUAAUGCUGUCUUAGAUGAUGUAUGUCAACUAGUAAAGGCCAAUUCAAUAAUGGGCAAUAAAAUGAAUGAUAUUGACAUAGUUUACACUAUGUGGGCAAAUUUGAAGAAGACUGCUAGCAUGGAGGUUGGACAAGUUGCUUUCCAUAAAGAUAGAGAAGUGCGAAAAGUGAGAGUAGUAAAAAGAAUUAAUGAAAUUGUAAACAGACUUAAUAAAACAAAGAGAGAAGCAUUUCCUGAUCUAAGGCAAGAAAGAGAAAAUAGAGAUAGACUCGAAAGAGAAGAUAAAAAGAAAGUUCUCAGAGAUAAGAAAGAAAAGGAAAAAGAAGAAGAAAAACGGAAAAAGGAGGAAGCUGAAUUAAGAAGUUAUGCUACCCUAAUGAAAAAAGAAAAUAUGUCUACAAAUUAUGAUGGAAAUGAUUCUGAUGAUUUUAUGUAAACAAAAUAUUUUAAAUAAAGCAACAUAUACUUGUUGA